UGUCCCUGUCAAAACAAGAUCUAACCUAUGAAAGUACUUUCUACGACACGGUCUUCACCUUUACUUCCCCUGUUAAAACAUAAUCACGAAGCUUCAUUCCAAUUUCUGGGAUCUUUACCUCCGUCAUCCUCAUAUCUAAUUUCCCGUUACUUCUUCCUUAAAAAGAAUCUAAUUCUCAAAGAUCCAAACAUCAACCCUUUCAGUUUUCUCAUAGAUCAUCUUGAGAAAGGAUUCAUAAUGUUGCGGUCUGUUGUAGCAAUUACCGGAAUUAUUGGCCUUGCUGCAAUUUCGCAUAAUCUUCUUCGUCAUUAUCUCACUUCAAGCAAAUCCCUGACACGCAAGCCUCAAUCGGGAGACAAGAACCAGAAGAAACCUGGGUGCACAGUACAAGAAGCCAUGAUUUCCAAUUUCGAUGCUUUGGAUGUUCUGGAUGAUCUUUAUAGUCUUUUCGAGUUGUUCCAGGAAUUACACUGUCAUUUAAUGGAGGAUAUGACACGUAGGAUACCUCCACCUCUUUUUGAAUAUCAAGGGAAGUCUUGCAAUUCCAAUGCUUUUGAUUCUUUAGAAUGGAGAAAGCCAAUCCUGGGGAAUGUUAUGGAGGCAUUAACUGAUCCUACUAUUCAUCUCAUUGGAGUUUAUGGCUUACAUGAUGAGAUCAAAGACACUCUGCUUCAGAGAGUUCGCAGAAGAGUGCAAAGAGACCAACUAUUUGACAUGGUUGUGACUGCAGCUGUAACCAAAUAUCCUGAUAUGAGGAAGAUUCAGGAGGAUAUUGCAAGUCAACUAGGGCUUGCUUUUAUUCACGUGUCCAAAGAUAAAAGAGCCAUUGAACUUAUGGAUAGGAUCAAGAAUGAGCAGAAAAUUCUCGUUGUACUCUGUAAUCUUCACAAGGGGCUUCACUUGGGCAAACUAGGAAUUCCAUAUGGUGCCAAUCACACAGGCUGCAAGAUAUUACUCACUUCUACAUAUGAAGACGUGCUAUCCAACCACAUGCAUACCCACAUAAAUUUUAUGGUCUAAUAAUUCUAUUUCUUGAUAAAAGGCUUGACCCUUUUUAUUGAGAGUUUUCUAAUUGUGUGUGUCUUUGUAUUGUAAGGGGAUUAUGUAUAGUAUGUGUUUGGUGGUGAAAAGUUUAUUAGUGAUAGAAAUGUGAAUGCAAUGUGGAAGACAAGUCAUCAAGUCAAUUCCACAACAUGGUCCCUCAAGUUGAAAUUAAUAACUCCGUGUAUGCUUGCUUUUAUAAAUAUGAUACCACUAGUUUGCUGAA